AGAGUAUAUCUCUGUGGGACUGGAUGAAUUGAACACCUUUUCUUCUGCGAUGUUUAUAACUCAUGUCUGGACUGUUGGUGUCCCUACUAAAGUUUGAUUUGAACAAGAUGGCGGCGCCCAUGGAGGUUGAAUAAAACACGCUGAAGCCCGAAGACGGUAGCAAUAAAUCCAAUUUCUCCUCUGAAAACCGGAUUUAUUUCAUAUACUGGUGUUUGAGAAGUAUAUGUAAGCACGACCAGUGUGGCUGAAGAAUUCAUAAUAACUGCCUUAACAAAGAAGGAGUCUGCUGUCGGUAUCUAUCGUCGUUGUUCUACUAAUUUAUUGAUUCGCAAGUCAGUGGCAAGUAGGACAGUCACCCCUCCAUGACGCCGGAGCCAUGCAGCUGGAGGUGCACCGACUGCUCUCAUGUGCCCUGCGGCUAGCUUGGCCCCUCCAGCACACGGGAACUGCCCUGGUCCUGCCCCCCUGUUCUGUGGCUACCUACCGGUCCAUCUACAGUGAAACAUGCGUGUGGGACAGGGAGUACAAGGUGGAGACAUGGCGCAGGGUAGAGCGCUAUUGGAGGCCCCGCAUCAAGGAGCUGGUGUGCAAAGAGCCUGAGGGGCUGGGUAGUCAGAAGAAAAAAUUCUACGUGCUCUCCAUGUUCCCGUACCCCUCGGGCCGGCUUCACAUGGGCCACAUGAGAGUGUACACCAUCAGUGAUACCAUCGCACAUUUCCACAGGAUGCAAGGUCACCAGGUGCUCAAUCCCAUGGGCUGGGAUGCAUUUGGGCUCCCUGCGGAGAACGCCGCCAUUGAAAGAGGGCUCGAUCCGGAAGUCUGGACCAAAAGCAACAUCCAGUCUAUGAGGGAACAGUUCGACAUCCUGGGGCUCUGCUUUCACUGGGACAGGGAAAUAACCACCUGCUUGCCUGAGUAUUACAAGUGGACACAGUACUUGUUUGUCAAACUCUUCAAGGCAGGUUUGGCCUAUCAGAAAGAGGCGUGGGUGAACUGGGAUCCAGUGGACCACACGGUGCUGGCGAAUGAGCAGGUGGAUGAGAGUGGUCGCUCCUGGAGGUCUGGGGCACUUGUGGAGCAGAAACUGCUGAAGCAGUGGUUCAUCAAGACUACCAACUAUGCUAAGCUGCUCUUGGAUGGUUUAGCAGACCUGUCGGAGUGGCAUGGAGUCAAGAUGAUGCAGGCCAACUGGAUUGGCGAGUGCACUGGCUGCUAUUUUGACUUCCUGUUGAAGGUGAAUGGAAAGGAGACGGGGGAGAAGCUGACGGCCUACACUUCAUCCCCUGAAGCUGUGUUUGGGGCUGCUUUCGUUUCCAUCCUGCCCUCCCAUUGGCUUCUGCAAAGUUCCAACCCCUGCUGUCGGGCCCUUAAGGAAGCCUUUCAAACAGGGAAAGACUGUGUCACUCCCGUCACUGCCCUUAAUAUGUUUACCGGUCAGGAAAUACCUGUAAUCAUCUCUUCCCAAGAGGAGUUCCAGGAUCACCUGGACACUAUCAUUGGGGUACCAGACUGCAGUGUGGAGGCAGCGGAGUUGGCCAGGGCACUUGGCUUCACAUGGGACACAGUGCUACAGACCCACCCUGAUGGAAGAGUCACACUGAGCAGCUCUGCAGAGUUCACUGGUCUCAGCAGGCAGGAAGCCUUUGAUGCCAUCACUCAGAAAGCCAGGGACAGGGGUGUGGGUGGCCACCUCACCAGUACCAAGUUCAGGGAUUGGCUCAUCUCCAGGCAACGCUACUGGGGCACUCCCAUUCCUGUGGUACACUGCCCCACAUGUGGCCCAGUGCCAGUGCCCGAUGAGGAGCUACCAGUCACACUUCCCCAGCUUUUGUCUCUAACUGGGAAGGGGAAGUCACCUCUGGAGGCUGCUACCCACUGGAUCAACACGGAGUGCCCCAGGUGCCAGGGUCCAGCACGGAGGGAGACGGACACCAUGGACACAUUUGUGGACUCGGCUUGGUACUACUUCAGAUACACGGAUCCAAAGAACACACAGCAGCCUUUUGACCGCUCCCUUGCGGACCACUGGAUGCCGGUGGAUGUCUACAUUGGGGGGCAGGAACACGCAGUCAUGCACCUCUACUAUGCUCGUUUCUUCAGCCACUUCUGCAAGGAUCUGCAUCUGGUUUCACACAGGGAGCCUUUCCAGAAGCUUCUGGUUCUGGGUAUGAUCAAGGGUCAGACCUUUCGCCUAGCAGAUAGCGGCCAGUACCUGUCACGAAAUGAUGUGGACUUCUCAGGUCCUGAGCCAGUCCAGAUUGGCAGUGGACAGAGUGUGAAGGUAACCUGGGAGAAGAUGAGCAAGUCCAAACACAAUGGCUUGGAACCCCAGGAAGUGGUGGAUCAGUAUGGCAUUGACACCAUGCGCCUCUGCAUCCUGUCUGCAGCACCCCCUGAGCAAGACAUUCUGUGGGAUCACAAAAUGAAUGCUUUUCCCAGGAUGUUGCACUGGCAGACACAGCUGUGGGGGCUCAUCACCAAGCUGAGGGAGGCCAGACAGGCUGGCAGCUCUCCCAAUCCUGAGAUACUCAGUAGGAAAGAACGUGUGGAAGCCAAGAAGAUCUGGACACUGAAGAAUGCCACUAUCUCUGGGGUCACAGAAAAAUAUACAAAGGAUUUCAAACUGAAUGCAGCCAUUGCUCGACUGAUAUUCCUCACGAAGAUGCUGACUCAAAGCUCCCCUCGUGUGGUACUGCACAGCAUGGAGUUUGAAGAGGCUCUGGCUGUGCUCUGUGUGAUGACGGCCCCCAUGGCACCCCACUUGGCAUCAGAACUCUGGGCAGGCCUGUCCUGCAUGCAGAACCCCUUAAGUGCGCUGCUAUCUGUAAGGGGUGAUGUUCUCCAGCAGCCCUGGCCCAGCGUGGACCCCGAGUACCUGCAAACACCAGACUUUGUGGACAUGUCAGUCUGGAUAAACAACCAGGCCUGUGGGGUGGUGAGUGUACCUAGGCAGGUGGCCCAGGAUGUGGAUCAGGUGCAGAGGCUGGUCCUAGAGAGCCCGCUGGGCCUCCAGCACCUUGCUACCAGUACUAUCAAGAAGGCUAUCCUCUCUCCCAGGACAACCCUUAUUAACUUCCUGGUGGAAGACUGACAUCACAGACCAGUCUUCCUUUACAGUGCUCAGUGGUGGAGCCAGCUGUCCAUUCCCAAGACCAGAGGACUGAGUCAUUAGGCUGAUGUGAAAAAUUCUGUUGCCUUCUGACUUUUGUUAACCACUUGUCCUGAUCAGGAUCAUGGCAAUCUGGAGCAUAUCCUGGUAUCAUUUGGUGCAAAGCUGGGGGCAAUAUACCCUAUCUUUAAAUAAAAAAAAAAAACAAAAAAAAAAAACAAUGUAGGACAUGUUUCCCUUCAGUUCCGUUGGUGUGAAAACUCAGCCUGCUUCAAAGUGAAUGGUAUAGACUGCUGCUUGUUGGUUUAUGGAAGUGAUCCAUCCAUCCUGGUGGAAAACUGAUGGACCCAUUGACCUUCAGACUGCUUUUUAGAUAGUCUAGCUGUCAUAUUCUAAUCUACAGCGUUGAUGCAUUCAGGGGUGACAAAGCUUAACUUUUUGACAUUUGCUCCUGUGAUCCAAAAUCAAGAGUGAGACUGGUUUCUUAAUAAAAUUCAAGAAUAAGAGGUAAGGCUGCUUUGCUUUACUUUGAUUAAAAGUGAAAUACUUUCCUGACACAAGGAGUGAAAAGUGACCUGAAAACAGCUGUUCAUUAUCAAAAACCUGAAAAUGUUUCCAGAAUUCCAACACAGUGGUGAGCAGUUAAUGGAAGCAUUACAGUUAGAGGUGAUGAAGGGGCAAUUACAUAUGAUUGCACAUUAUCUUCCACACCAAGGAAAUUACAUGAAAACAAUACUUUGAUCAGUUUUUUCUCUUUAUAUAUGGAGUCUGAAAGCAAAAAAGCUGACCUGAGAAUUGCUUUUAUUUAAUAUCAAAAAUAACAAAAUUAUAGAUACUUCACAGUGCUGUAUAUUGUGUAAGUAAAUUGGAUUUUUUAAAUACCUGUUCUGUGUAAACUUUUUGGUCUCAAACUUUGGAGUCACAUACCCACUAUCAGUUGUGACGUCCAACACAACCUUUAAUACUCUGUACAUCCAUUUUUAGGUCUUAUGAGGGGCUCCAUGUUUUUACAAAAAAAUUAAAGCCAAAUACAGUAACACCCGGAAAUGAUCACGUGAAAGUAAAGCAAUUAGAAAAGCUGAAAUGCCAGUGAACACUGGAAAAGCAAACACUGAAGUUUCUUUAAUGUUUUUUUAUACCUACACCCACACACAUUCUCUCGGUCCUCCUCCUAUCUCUCUUAUAAAUACAUUUACAUUUAUUUAUUUAGCAGAUGCUUUUUUCCACAGCGACGUGCAUCUCAG